ACAAGCAUCCAUUAUAUACAACAAUUAAAAAGAAAAUGGAUUGAUAAUUUAUUUUACAUUUUUUAAAAGAAAUUCAAAAUAAUUGAAGUUAGGUGAAAGUGUUAUUAACUUUAAGAAAAAAGUGCAUUAUGGCUCAGCGUUUCCCAACCGGCGGGCCUAAUGCCGCGCCGCCGCCGGGCGCUAUGCCCCCACAACAACGCUAUCCUGGCCCGGCACAACCCCCGGGAUCCCCAAUGCAACAGAGACCUUAUCCGGGUCCUAAUUUCCCUCCCCGCAGCGGGUUCACCCCGCCGCCGGCGGGGGCGGGCGGCGCGCCCCGCGCGGCCCCGGGCGCGGUGGCGGCGGGCCCCGGGCCCGGGUUCGCGUCCCCGGCGGGCGGCGGCCCCGCGGCGCGCCCCCCGCCGCCCGCGCCGCCCGCCAAGCGCCCGGACGCGCGCUCUCCGAUGCCGCCGCACAAGCCCGCCCUGUACGGCGCCGAUGCCUACGCGGCCAGCGGACAGCCGAACGCCAAGCGCAAGAAACGGCUCGCUGACAAGAUUCUGCCACAGAAGGUGCGCGACCUAGUGCCGGAGUCGCAGGCCUACAUGGACCUGCUGGCGUUCGAGCGCAAGCUGGACGCCACGAUCAUGCGCAAGCGCCUCGACAUCCAGGAGGCGCUCAAGCGGCCCAUGAAGCAGAAACGCAAGCUGCGCAUCUUCAUCUCCAACACUUUCUAUCCAGGACAAGGCGAAAAUCCCGUCGCAUCGUGGGAACUCCGAGUUGAAGGGCGUCUUUUAGAUGACUCUAAAAACGAUCCUAAUAAGGUGAAGCGCAAGUUCUCGUCAUUCUUCAAGUCGCUGGUGAUCGAGCUGGACAAGGAGCUAUACGGGCCCGACAACCACCUGGUGGAGUGGCACCGCACGCUCACCACGCAGGAGACCGACGGCUUCCAGGUGAAGCGGCCGGGCUACAAGAACGUGCGCUGCACCAUCCUGCUGCUGCUGGACUACCAGCCGCUGCAGUUCAAGCUGGACCAGCGCCUGGCGCGCCUGCUGGGCGUGCACACGCAGACGCGGCCCGUCAUCGUCAACGCGCUGUGGCAGUACGUGAAGACGCACCGCCUGCAGGACCCGCACGAGCGCGAGUACAUCGUCUGCGACAAGUACCUGGAGCAGAUCUUCGGCGCGGCGCGCAUGAAGCUGGCGGAGGUGCCGGGCCGCCUGGGCGCGCUGCUGCACGCGCCCGACCCCAUCGUCAUCAACCACGUCAUCGCCGUGGAGCCGCCGCACGACACCAAGCAGACCGCCUGCUACGACAUCGACGUCGAGGUUGACGAUACGCUGAAGACUCAGAUGAACAACUUCCUGCUGUCCACCGCCAACCAGCAGGAGAUACAGGGGCUCGACGCCAAGAUACACGAGACUGUAGACACGAUCAACCAGCUGAAGACGAACCGCGAGUUCUUCCUCAGCUUCAGCAAGGACCCGCAGCAGUUCAUACAGAAGUGGCUCGUCAGCCAGUCGCGCGAUCUCAAGACGAUGAGCGGCGGCGCGGGCAGCGCGGAGGAGGAGCGGCGCGCGGCGCUGUACGGGCAGGCGUGGGCGCGCGAGGCGGUGGCGCGCUACCUGGCGGCGCGGCUGGCGGCGCGGCGCCGCGACCUGGAGCUGGCGCUGCAGCCCGCGCUCGCGCUCGCGCGCCUCUAGCUGCGGCGCCGCGACCUGGAGCUGGCGCUGCAGCCCGCGCUCGCGCUCGCGCGCCUCUAGCUGCGGCGCCGCAUCCGUACCCAUCUAUUCUAAUAAAUACAGAUUCUCAUCAUU